GAUGGAAAUAGCGAAGAGACGCCAUUGGAGGAAACUACGGAGGAUUAUUGGGCAGGAAGUGGAUCUGGACCGGAAGAUGAACAAUCUUUGCAAAAUGAGACGAGGGAAUCUUUGAUUCACGAGGCAAGUGAUCACGAUGCGGUGGUAUAUGUAGGAGAAGGUGGAGCAUACGUUCCAGUACCAUCUAUAAAAAAUCGUCCACUAAGUCCAAAUCUUCAAGCUUUACAAACCCUACAAGGACUUCAAGGAUUAACAGGAGGGGGCGGAACAGGUGUGGUCGCUGACGAAGAAUGGCGGAGACAUCCGGAAACUUGGGAUCGAGAACAUCGAAGAUAUAGGCCCAAUACCACGAGAGUACAACAUAUCGAAGCAGAGUGCCAGGAUGAUUAUAUGAAAAUCAGGAUCGGUUUUAAUGGCUCGUUCACAGGAUUACUUUACUCAGCAGGAUACUCCUACGAUCCCGACUGCAUGUACGUUAACGGAACGGGCCGUGAUUACUAUGAAUUUUACAUCCAAUUGAAUCGGUGCGGCACUCUGGGCGAGAACACUCAUCACCAGGACAGCAGAAAGAACCCCACGAAAAAUCUCAUGUGGAACACCGUAACCGUCCAGUAUAAUCCGCUGAUCGAGGAAGAAUUCGAUGAACACUUCAAGGUCACUUGCGAGUAUGGAUACGAUUUUUGGAAGACAGUGACGUUUCCCUUUCUCGAUGUCGAGGUCGCCACGGGAAAUCCCGUAGUCUUCACCCUCCAGCCACCGGAGUGCUACAUGGAAAUCAGAUACGGUUACGGGACCACUGGAACUAGAGUGGCUGGACCAGUUCGCGUCGGCGAUCCUCUGACUCUCAUUAUCUACAUGCGCAGUAAAUACGAUGGUUUCGAUAUCGUCGUGAACGAUUGUUACGCACAUAAUGGUGGAAACAAGAGGAUUCAACUUAUCGAUCAAUACGGAUGUCCCGUAGACGACAAACUGAUUAGCAGAUUUCGUGGAUCCUGGUCUGAGAGUGGUCUAUUCGAGACCCAAGUUUUUGCUUAUAUGAAGACAUUUAGGUUUACAGGAUCACCCGCUUUAUACAUCGAGUGCGAUGUUCGUAUGUGCCACGGUCGAUGUCCGAGUCAACCAUGCCAUUGGAGAAACGCUAAAAAUGUUGCGAAAAGAUCCGUAUCGGACAUGAUUGGUGGACCGACAACACCUGCUACUAGUUUAUCGGAAAAUGUUAAUCUUUUCCAAUCCCUUCGAGUUCUUCAGGAAGGGGAAGUUGACACGGAACUUUUCCAGAAUUCUACUACCGCUUCUCGUAAUGGUGCAAAUGAUUCAGGCUCAAACGACAGAGUGUGUUUAAGAUCGAACGUGAUGAGCACUAUUGUUGGAUUAGGUUGUGGUAUAAUUUGUUUAUUGUCGGGUACAUUGUUGGCAAUGUGUUCGCGAAUGCGAAGACAAGCGCGAGAAAAAUUACUCUCGGAUAGCAUAAGCUAUAUGACGCACAAGGGUAGAAUUAAUUAAGCGG